UAAAAACGAAUCUUGUUGUUUUUUCUUAUUAUUCUCUAUAUUCUACAUUUAUUAUGAAGUAUAAUUUGUUAGAUAAUGAGGAUAUAGAAUCUGUCAGAAGAAGAAGAUUUUGGUAUAUAGUUCCAUUUGUGGUUUAUACUAUCGCCUCUUUUCAAGCAGAGUUGUUGUUUUUCAUCAUCAGCAUUAUAUUCUUUUCAGGAUUUAAAGAUAUUAUUACAAGAUUUGUAUGGACAAUGGUAUUGUGUACUUUAGGAAUGGGGUCUGUGAUGGGUUCCUUAACAACAUUUUUCAUUAUCGACAAAUAUGAAGGCAAAGAAGCUAUUAUUUUUACGACAAUAUUGAAUUUCAUCGUAUUUGGGUCAUGUAACCUACUCUGUAUGAAACUAGAUCAUAUCUUUGACUAUUGGGGCUCUAUUCAGCAUCCAUGGUACUUUAAUAUAAGAUAUCCUUUGAUCCUUGUAGCUGGAUAUUUGCAUGGCAAGCUACUUUUUAGUGAAGGUGGAAGAAAGGAGCUAUCAAAGAUAGAAAGAAGGUUAGAGAAAUAUGGAUUCUUGUAAAAUUAAACAAAAUAUGUGGUUGUUAUUGUUUUAUUAUUCUUUUUUAAAUCGAAAUUAAACUAUAGAUUUCCUUUUCUCUCAAUAGGCCACUAGCAUAUUUUAGUUAUCAGCAAGCCUUUUGAAAAGCU